AACCUCCGAAAAGACUUUCUUUAUUGACUAUUCAACUUUCAUUUUCUAUAAGAUUCACUCGCUCUACUUUACCUUCAACCCCUUGUUCUCCAACUUCUUUUCUUCUAUGACCUCUGAAUUCCAAGAAUCCUCUUCUUCUUCUUCAUCUUCUUCUUCUAACACCCAUCAAUGGACUCACGAUGUAUUCUUGAGUUUCAGAGGCACAGAUACUCGCAACAACUUUACCGGGCAUCUGUACAACGCUUUGCAUAAAAAGGGAAUCAACACCUUCAUAGACGAUGAGCUUAGAAGAGGAGAAGAAAUAUCACCCGCACUUCUCAAAGCCAUAGAAGGGUCAAGGAUUUCAAUCCUUAUACUCUCUAAAAACUAUGCAUCAUCCUCAUGGUGCUUGGAUGAGCUUUUGAAGAUCCUCGAGUGCAAGGCAACAAAAGAACAAAUGGUUCUACCAGUGUUUUUCAAAGUAGAUCCAUCGGAUAUAGGGCAUCAGACAAAGUGUUUUGGAAAAGCAUUUGAUAAACUUGGAGACAAGGUUAAGGAUGAUGUCAAGAUGCAGAGGUGGAAGGAUGCUCUAACAGAUGUAUCCAAUUUGACUGGGGGCUGGCAUUUGUCCAAAGGGAAUGAAUCUGAACUUAUCCAAGAAAUUGUUCAAAGGGUUUCACUUCUAGUAAAUCGUACAUACCUCAAUGUUGCUAAAUAUCCUGUUGGAAUUGAGCCUCGUGUAGAUGAUGUACAUUCGCUUUUAAGUAUCGGGAGUAAUGACAUACGCAUGGUAGGGAUCUUGGGAAUCGGUGGAAUUGGUAAGACAACCAUCGCCAAAGCCAUUUAUAACUUGGUUGCUUAUCAGUUUGAUGGUAGUUGUUUUCUUGCAAACAUUGGGGAAACUGCAAAGCAAGAAUCCGGGUUGGUCCACUUACAAGAGACCCUUCUUUCUGAGAUUCUAAGAGAUACAAGAAUUUCACAGGUUGGCAAUGUGAAUCGAGGAAUCAAUGUGAUAAAGCAUAGACUAUGCUCUAAAAGGAUUCUUUUAAUUCUUGAUGGUGUGGACAAAUUGGUCCAAUUAGAAACAUUAGCUGGAAAUUGCGAUUGGUUUGGUUUAGGAAGUAGAAUCAUCAUAACAACAAGAGAGAAAGCUUUGCUAGCUAAUCAUGAAGUAGACUUGAUAUACCCAGUGAAGGACAUGGAUCAUAACGAAGCUCUUCAACUCUUUAGUUUGAAUGCCUUCAAAACAGAAAAACCUUCUGAGAAUUAUGCUGCACUCACAGAACGUGCGAUAGGUUAUGCUAGAGGCCUUCCAUUAGUUUUAACAGAUUUAGGUUCGGAGCUAUAUGGUAGAAGCAUAGUUCAAUGGAAAAGUGCAUUGGAUAAGUACGAAGCAGAGAGAAAAAGAAAAAGAAAAGUACGAAAGAAAUCCUCAAAAAAAAUAUUCUAUAAAAAUUCAAAAUAAUUUACUCAUACCUAAGUUGAAUGCUAUUGAUGGUCAUUAUUAUUUUUUUGUAAACUCUUUGAAAAAGCUUUGUAAGGAUUUUAUUUGGUAGACUA